AUGCCGCCAUCCCAAUCCACCCCUCUCCUCCGCCAACCCUCCUACACCCCCUCCAACCCCGCCCCUCUCCCCUGGCCACUGCUCCUCCCCAUUCUCUUGCUGCGUAUGGCCGACGCCGCCACCUACAUGCUCAUCUUCCCCUUCAUCACAUCCUACAUCAUCUCCCUCAACCCGCCCCCAACGCUCAUCGGUUUCUACGCUGGACUAGCCGAAGGGUGUUUGAUGGGCGUGGAAGCUGUUUGUGCGGUGGGGUGGGGGUGGGCGGGGGAUAGGUGGGGGAGGAAGAAGUGUUUGGUUUGGGGGGUGGCGGUGACGGGGACGUUUGGGGCUGUGGCGGGGUUUGGGAAGAGUAUUGGGUGGGUCAUAUUCUGGCGGGCUAUGUAUGGAUUCACUCCUACCGGCGUCCUCACCAAGACCGUCGUAGCCGAGAUUGCGCACCCGACUAACCGUGCUCGCAUCUUUGCCAUCUACUCGCCUGCCUUUUCUGUUGGGAUCAUCAUUGGAAGUCUCCUCGGUGGGGAGCUUGCAGGGCCUGCAAGGAGGGUGGGACAAGAUUGGGCAUGGUUGCAAGAGUAUCCUUAUGCGCUGCCCGGGGUCGUGAAUGGGGUUUUGUGA